GGCGUUGGCAUUGGCGGCGGCAACGGCAGCAGCGCCGGCCGGCCGGCCCAGCGAGUGGGUAUGGCGCGUGGGUGUCCGUUGGCCGUGGGUACCCAAAGAUGCUAUUGCAACAAUGGGGCAGUAGGAGUGAAGAUUAUGAAUGAAAUCCAUCAAGUACCAAACUGCUUCUCACUUUGCUUUGUGAGAGACUUCCUGUAGCCUUUGGGAGAAGCAAGUCAGGAGAGAAGGACUGCUUGUCAUCAUGAAGUUGAAACAACGGGUGGUGCUUCUGGCAAUCCUCCUUGUCAUCUUUAUUUUCACCAAGGUUUUCCUCAUAGACAACUUGGACACAUCAGCAGCUAAUCGUGAGGACCAGCGCGCCUUUCACCGUAUGAUGGCAAGCCUGCGAGUGGAACUGGAUCCACGACUUGACCACACACUGCAGUCUCCUUGGGAAAUUGCAGCCCAGUGGGUGGUACCACGUGAAGUGUAUCCAGAGGAGACACCAGAACUGGGGGCAGUGAUGCAUGCCAUGGCUACAAAAAAGAUCAUCAAAGCAGAUGUAGGCUAUAAGGGCACCCAGCUCAAGGCGCUGCUCAUACUGGAAGGUGGACAGAAAGUAGUCUUCAAACCUAAGAGAUAUGCCAGAGACUACGUAGUAGAAGGGGAGCCAUAUGCUGGGUAUGACAGACACAAUGCAGAGGUGGCUGCGUUCCAUCUGGACAGAAUCUUAGGUUUCCGACGAGCCCCCAUGGUGGUUGGUAGGUUUGUGAAUCUCCGCACAGAGAUCAAACCUGUUGCCACUGAACAGCUGCUCAGUACCUUCUUGACAUUAGGUAAUAAUACUUGCUUCUAUGGGAAGUGCUACUAUUGCCGAGAAACAGAGCCAGCCUGUGCUGAGGGGGACACCAUGGAGGGAUCGGUCACGCUCUGGCUCCCAGAUGUUUGGCCUCUUCAGAAGCAUCGGCACCCCUGGGGCAGGACAUACAGGGAAGGCAAAUUGGCCAGGUGGGAAUAUGAUGAGAGCUACUGUGAUGCUGUCAAGAAGACCUCACCCUAUGAUUCAGGUCCACGGCUCCUUGACAUCAUAGAUACGGCCAUCUUUGAUUAUUUGAUUGGGAAUGCUGAUCGACAUCAUUAUGAAAGCUUUCAGGAUGACGAAGGUGCCAGCAUGCUUAUUCUGCUCGACAAUGCCAAAAGUUUUGGGAACCCUUCCCUGGAUGAGAGGAGCAUUCUUGCACCUCUUUAUCAAUGCUGCAUCAUACGAGUCUCCACUUGGAACAGGCUGAACUACUUGAAGAAUGGAGUGCUGAAGUCUGCCUUACAAACUGCCAUGUCACAUGACCCUAUCUCACCUGUGUUGUCUGCCCUCCAUAUGGAUGCCCUGGACCAACGACUCCUAAACAUCUUGGCUACAGUAAAGCAAUGUACAGACCAGUUUGGGCCAGACAUUGUGCUGGUGGAAGAUAGGAUGACACUUUCUCAUUUGUAGCUUUAAUAUAAGUUGGUUGGGAUCCUUCCUGCCUUUCUUUAUUUUAAAAAAAAUAAACAAACAAUAGAAAAACAGCACAAUUGGUUCUGCGUGGCUUUGGGCAGGAUGGACUUGAAAUGGAACACUAGAUUUCCUGCCUUGGAUCAGAAAAAUAACAGUGAUUUGAAAGUUCUGCUGAAGUCAAGAAACUUGCCCUCAGGUAGCCUUGUAUCAUUUGGGGAUGUCCAUUGCUGGCAGUGGAUGUUGCACUGAGAGCUCUCCCUGGAUUCCUUGAAAAGAAGUGGGAAUUGGGGUGCCAAUACAGACUGGUUCUAGAGAAGAGCUAUAGUCCCCUCACCUAUUCUACAUAUUAACUUAAGAUUUUAGUCCAUUUCAGGGUUGUAAAGAAUAGGCUGUCCAGGCAUCCAUACUGGCUACCUAAAAAGAAAGCAGCAGGGCAAAUACAGCUGUUGAAGAGAUGGUGUCUCUUGUGACACACACACCAGCCAUCUUUGACGGGAAUUUUCUCAAGAGCUCUAUGAAGGAAUGUGUGAUUGUCAGCGGUGUUCAGCUCAACCCUUCAAUUCUAAAAUACUAAGGAUAAAGACUAUUUUGUUAUUGAAAUCUGUGCUCCAUCCACAAGGCUGAACAUUUUCAGGUUUGCAUGAUGCUGCAAAGACCCAGCCAGUCAUGAAGAUUAAAGAAUAUGUGCAAGCCAUUGCUGUGUUUGUACAUGCAAGAGUCCUUGCUGCCUUGAAUUAAAUAAUACUACAUUAAUACUAAGUUCUUUAAAGAAAAAAGUUGUGCACAUACAAUUGAACAAAAUCAUUCUUCUAAAGAGGGUGGGGGGAGGAUUUAGCCCAUUUGAUAUGUCCUCCCAGUAUUGAUGGCCUUUCAUGAGACAAGUGGGGGUUAUUGCUGAACUUUGCAGAUAAUUUAAAAGAUGGAUGCUACCAGUGUCUGGGGAGUGGAAAUGUUUUUGAUUGGUGUGUCGUUUCUUCUAUAAUGCAGUCAUAGGUGCCAUGCUAGAGGGUGUACUUGUGGUAUUCCGUCAUUUUUUAGGGCUGAGCUGACCUUACAAGCAUCUUCAAUUUGCCUUUUCCAACUGGCAUAUUGUUUCUCCUUUAAAAUCCAAGUUCUGAUCCACUGGCUUUGCGACCAUUAGCCUGAAAUUGUAGCUUGUGUUUCUAGCUUCAGGAAAUGUUAAAUGUGUGUCUAUUUUGAAUGUUAAAAGCUGAUAGUCCUAGAAAGGACCAUCCUCCGCCGUUUUGGAGAGAAGCUGUGGAAGCUUAUUCCAUGACUCAACCCUGACAUGCAGUAACCUGAUGCGUUAGCCACCAAACUUGAUCAGAAACCAACAGACCUUCUGUGAUAGAGUAAUGUUCCUGAAAUUGAUACCUGAGAUGCCAUUUAAGAAGAAUUUAAAGACGGAGUCCGAAUGUUAGCUCUUUAGCAAGCUUUUUUUUUUUCAUUGGUUCGGCAAAGAAAUGCAUUUUCCUCCUUUAGAAAUAGAACUGGCAGGGCCUUGGAGCACACAGACACAUUUUUUUUUGCUUCUGUUUCAGUGAUGAUUCCCUAACCGGGAGCUUUUUAAGGUUUGUUCUCAGUCUAUAACAGUAAUUGUGUCACUGACCUAAACAACAGAAAUGCGAAGCCCUGUGUAGAGCAAGCGAACUACUUGAACAAAGAGAACUUUUACAAAUGAGUUGGUUUCUGUCAAGAUGCUUCAGCAAAGUAUCUUGAGUUACAAUAGAAGAUAAUGAGUUGACAGUUGCUACCAUGAGGGUCACUGGCUACAAACGUCUUACAGAAAUUUAACACGAAGCUAUGAUCAAGUCAGGUGCUUAGUUUAAAUUCUUUGGACACAUCAAAAGCCUGCUAUCGCAACUAAUAUUACAUCCAGAACUGGAGUACAUGCUAUUUGUGAGGGAAACAUCUUGCAGUUUCAUUGAGAUUCUUGAGAUGUCACCAUAUUCUCCUUAUCCUUACACAGUCAGGCAUCUACAUGCCAUUAUGAGACAUCUUGAUGCAAGGUGGUUAAAAGAUGCUCAUUUCAGUAACGGACAGAGAAGUAGCUUUGAAGCACUGAAAUAUUUGAAAGCGGUACCGCUGUGUCUGUAUUGGCAGUUAGGCUGGAAGAAACCAUGUAAGCUUCUAUUUUGGCAUCUAAUGAACUGGAACUAUCACUUAAAUAAAAAGGAAACUAAUUUAUUAAGAAGGUAACUUAUUUGUGUGGCAGCUGAAGCAGAAUGCUGGAGAAUCACACCUCCACUUGGAGCUGCCAGAGAGUUGCCCUGGGGAGCAGCCCCAAAUGGAAGCUGUCGGGAGAAGAGAAAACAAUGUGAUCUCAACCGUGUUAUGUGUUUCCCCCGGGGUCAGACUCUGCAUAAAUAAGUAUUAUGUGAAUAAAGAUUUUAAUAGAAUAAGA